AUGGCGCUUCCCACAGGACAGCUCGCGUUCCCGCCUCCGAAUGUACCGAUCGCUCCACAACCUAUGGAGGCAGUCCCUACUUCAUCAACAUGGUUCGAACCAAAUGCUGUGUCUCUUCCCACAGGGCAGAUGGCGCUUCCCACAGGACAGCUCGCGCUUCCGCCUGUGGAUGUACCGAUCGCUCCACAACCUAUGGAGGCAGUCCCUACUUCAUCAACAUGGUCCGUACCGAUCGUCCCAGAACCUAUGGAGGCAGUCCCUACUUCAGCAACAUGGUCCGGACCGAAUGCUGUGCCGCGCCUGGCACUUCCUCCAAAACUUGCAGCGGCCACCCAACACGGAAGCGUGACCUCACCUGCGCCGCAGAAACCUGCUCCUUCUCCAAACGUACCG